CAUUGAGUCCAGCGUCUCUUUUUGCCUCCAGCUAAGCCCCGCCCACCAGGAAACGUUGCAAUGUUUACAAACUUUUAAGGGGUCCAUAGAAAUACAGAUUUUGAACAACAUUAGGCAUCUCUAAUUCAAACCCUUAUAAGGACCCACAGGAAGUUGUGAUGCUGUCCUAAUGCUGCUACCAUGGUAACAGCUCCUGUAUGCUUGCUUGUGUAUUGUGCUAAUGCUGGGGCAAUCAGUCUGAAUUAGUGCAGUUUGGCAGAUGGCUCACUGUGCUGUAUCCACGUGCAAUCAACGGAUCGAUACAGCACCUCAUUACAGAACCCAAAGCAAGAGACAGAUCACACACCAGACAAAGGACAUAGACACUCUCCUCCGAUGUCCUAUCUGCUUUGAGUGUCUCAACAUCACCAUGAUGACCCAGUGUUCACACAACUUUUGUUCUCUGUGCAUACGGAAGUUUCUCUCCUAUAAGUUGUUGUGUCCUGUUUGUAAUAUGCCAUCAACAGAACAAGACCUGAGGAACAACAGAUUAUUAGAUGACUUAGUUCAGAGCUUCCAAGCAGCAAGGCAAAAGUUGUGUCAUUUAAAUUUUGAAUCACCCCCUAUUUCACCUCAAACCCCGGCUAUGAUGAUCAAAGGCAAAGCAGCAAGACAGAAGGGCCUCAAAAAGGAAGCAAACACCCUCAGUCAUUUUUUCCAAAAGAAGACCCCCAUGACUCCAAAAUCAGAACCUAUGGAGGUGUGUGUUCAACAGCCAGGCAGCUUCAAGGAAGAAAGUGUGGAAAAUACAAUUGGAAUGGUGAAAGAGGAGAAGAUGGAUAUUCCUUCCACAUCACAAAGCAUUAAGCCAGUGAUUAAAGUGGAAUGUCCUGUCUGUGGUGUGUGUGUGCCUGAACAGCACAUUAAUAAACAUCUGGAUAUGUGCUUGAGCCGAGAUGAUAAGAAAGAGGGAUUGAGAAGUGGUGGAAGGCGUAAGGCGAUGCCUAAGUUGUUGUAUACUUUGAUUACGGUUCCAAAGCUCAAGAAGAUGCUUAAAGAAUGCCACCUGUCCACUCAAGGCAGCAGAGAUCAGCUUGUGCGACGCCACCAGGAAUUCACCCACAUCUAUAAUGCACAGUGUGAUUCACUCAACCCCAAAUCAGCUGAAGAAAUUGCCAAAGAAGUUGAAAACAACGCGAGGUUAAAGAAUCAAUUGGACAGUAAACGAAAACCUGUAAUCGUCACUACAAAGAAUCAGACAACUGAAGAAAUUGAGGAGUUACACUCAAAGUACCGGAAGCAGCAUAGUAGCGAAUUUUCCCGUUUGAUUGCCCAGGUCAGAGGUCGUCUGGAGACGUCCAAGAGAGCACAGAUCAAACAAGAGGGGAAGUCAACAGAAGAGACAGACUCCAAAGGUGCGCCCAACAGCAUUCAGAACGCUCCCCAGCCUCUUGUUUCUGCACUGCUGAAGGUAAAGAGUGAAGAGAUGGAUGGGGUAAUUGAGCUUCCAUCAAGAUCAUCAAGCCCUACAAUCAGUGAAGUGUCAGUCAGCAGACACGGUGACCAAGUUCUCCUGUCCAGAAGUCCAGAGCAGCCUGGUACAGUGCGUGGUCUUCAUUCCCAUGGGAACACGUUUGAAGACCCAGUGAAGAAACGUUCCCAAUUCAUUAUGUAACCAAAAAGUAUCAGUUUCAAGGUUUUUUUUUUUUUUUUUUUUUUUUUUUUUUAAAGCUGAAUGUGUGGUCUAAAUAUCUGGACUAAAUUAAUUGAUUGCCAACAUGUUAUGUACAAUAGGUUUUUUUUUUUUUUUUUUUUUUUAAUCAUUUCUUCAUAUUCCAAUUAAACAACAAAAAUCAACUGAAUCAACAGAAAUGUUGUAUGUAAUUCAUCAAUUCAUUUGGAACUCAUUAUAUAAUGAAAAACUAAGAAUGUCUGUCUCUGUGGAGAAAUACCUGAAGAAAUUUGUUAGAAUUUCCAUUCAUACAUUGUAGUUGAUGCUGGACUCCCCAAAAGCAUGUGGUUUGAAAUCUGCCAUUUUUUUUUUUUUUUUUCUCCUGACUCUGAGUGGAUAAUUACUUUUGAGCUGGAAGAAAAGGAUGUCAGGAGCAAGAAUCCUUUGGCACAAAUAAGAUGCAAAUAAGUCUAUUUCUCUCUCUUUUUAUUUUAUUUAUUUUUUUUUAAUAAAGAAAACUACAAAAAAAAAUCUAAUAAUAAACAUUAUUAAAUAUUUGCUUUUUUGUAGAAUACCCAGAAUAUAUUUUUGAUCUCAACCUGACUAGCUGAAGAUGUUAGCUAUACUCAUUAAUAGACAAGGAACUUCCUUGAAAAAUUCCAGCACAGCUCUACAACCACCAUAAUGAAAUUAUCCUUCACAAUAGAUAAUGCUUUCCAAUGAACUCUGUUAGAAAGCUAUGGAAAUGUAUCUGUUCAAUAAAAUACUUUACCUAUUGAGUAA